AUGAGCGACCAGCAGACGCCCACGGGAGUGUCGUCCGGAAUUACGAGGAGGAAUAUUCUCGACGCUCUGACGGGAUCCAAAGGAAGCGUGGUGAAAACCGUCGCACAGCAGAAAGUCGAACAAGAAGCCCAGCAGAAGAAGCGCAGGAUGGAGAAGAACCUGGAAGCGUUGGAGGAUCGGCGGGACAUGCUCGUCGAGAAGUUGGAGCGGAUGAAAGGUUCGCUGGAGGAUGUGACAGUGAGUGUCCACCUGCUCAAGCUCUACGAGGAGACGCUGCGGCGUAGCGCGGACGAUUACGACAAAAACUACUCCGACAUCAUCGUCCUGCUGCCAAAGGAAAGAAGAGCCGAGCAGCGUGGGAAGUACGCGGCGUUUGAAAAGCUGCACAGUACCGUGUACGAGAAGUUGCAAGCGAGGAUCGCCGAGUCGGAGCUCACCACGAAGCUGUUGGAACUGCCGAAGGCACCGGCCGCCGCAGUUGCCCCUCCGCAACCUGUCUACAUCCAAGCCCCAGCGCCGGUCCCGCACCUGCAAGCUCCAUUCCCUACUUUCAACGGCAAACCGGAGGGCUGGUACAGUUUCAAGAACCUGUUCCAGAGCAUUAUGUCUCGUUACACGAACGACCCCCCAGCCAUGAAGAUUCUGUACCUCCGAAAUGCGCUCGUCGACGACGCCAAGGACAAGAUCGACCAGGACGUCGUAAAUAAUAACGAUUACGACGCGGCCUGGAGGAUUUUGGAGGACGAAUACGAAGACAAACGCCUCAUUCUGGACACGCACAUCGACGCCAUUCUGGAUUGCCCAAAAGUCGCCAAGGAGAGCCGCGGCAAGUCCAUCUCCAAGCUGGUCGAGGUGUGUGCGAAGCACAGUGAAGCUUUGGCUGGUCACGGGUAUCCAGUUGAAGGGCUAGCCGAGCUAGUGAUGGUGAACGUGAUCUACAAGAAGCUCGACAAGGAGACGCAAGAGCAGUGGGAGCUGAAGAUCGGCAGCGGAGCGUUGCCGGAAUUCGAGGAGUUCAUGGAGUUCCUGCGGGAACGUGGGCGUGUUCUGCAGCGCACAAAUCGCUCCCAGCAGCAACCGGCGCAGCAGUCAACAGUGGCCCCAAGCAAGCAACGCCAAGCAUUCGGACAGAAGGCCCAGCCCCUGCUCAAGUCGUUCGUGCAGGCCACAACGGAAGUGUGUGGCCACUGCAAAGAGGAUCACCCGAUCUACCGGUGCUCGACGUUCAGAGACCUGAGCGUACCGGAGCGCAAGUCCGUUGCCACCAAGGCAAACUUGUGUUACAACUGUUUGAAGGCGAGACACCGGGUGAGUGAUUGCGAGUCCAAGACUCUGUGCAAGGUGCAAGGCUGCGGCCGCAAGCACCACAGUCUCCUGCACGACAGUGGUACACGAAGCAACCAAGGUCAAGUUAAGAAGGAAGAAUCGAGCCAGUGCUUGCCAGUGGCACCCUCGGUUCCAGCGGGCGGUCCAGUGCAGCAGAGCAGCGCGGUGUCCCUCUGUGCAAACGUCGGCGGUGCGAAGCACCAAGUGCUGCUGUCGACGGCGGAAGUGAUGGUGAUCGGCCAAGCUGAUUCCACUGUCAAGUGUCGUGCGCUGUUAGACUCGGGGUCUGACAGCAACAUUAUCACCGAGAAGUUGGCGAACAAGCUUAAGCUGAAGAUGGAUCGCGUGGACCUACCGGUGAGCGGUUUGAACGACAUCCAGACCCGAGUGAAGUACUUGCUGUCCACGAAGAUCGAGUCCUGCGUGAACGCCUUCGCCUCACCCGUGUUGGAUUUCCUGGUCGUACCACGCAUCACGUCGAACUUACCCGUGGUAGAGAUCGACGUCGCAGCCUGGCCGCGGCCGCCAGGACUGCAACUAGCUGACCCAAAGUUCCACACCCCUGGAGAGAUUGACCUUAUCAUCGGCAACGAAAUCUUCUUUGAUUUGGUCAAGAGCGGUCGCGUCAAGAUCGGCCGCAACGCGCCAACAUUGGCCGAGACGGAACUCGGAUGGGUCCUAGGAGGAGCGGUACCGACCAGAAAGGCCAAACCAUGCCCGCGUGUGUGCCAACUGAACCACUUCGAGGAGGAGCUGAACAAGACGAUGGUGAAGUUUUGGGAGAUCGAGUGCGUCCACCCAGAGACCGACCUGACCGUAGCUGAGGUUGCCGUCGAGGAACAUUUCCAGCGCACCCACUCCCGAGAUGCCGAAGGCCGGUUCGUCGUCCGGCUUCCUUUCAACAACCAGAAGAGUCAACUGGGCGACUCGUACAACAACGCGCGGAAGCGCUUGGACAAGUUGAUGAUCUCGUUGGCCAGGAACCCAGCCAAGCGUGUCGAGUAUUCCGCGUUCUUAACCGAAUACCUCACACUGAAGGAAGUGCAACACGUGAACGACGGAGGUUACUACAUCCCACACCACGCGGUGUACAAGACCUCAAGUUCGACCACCAAGACAAGAGUCGUUUUCGACGCUUCGGCGAAGACCACGUCUGGUCUGUCGCUGAACGAUACUCUGGAUGUUGGGCCAACAGUGCAAAACGACCUUCUGUCGAUCAUUCUGAAGUUCUGCACCCACCCGGUCGUGCUGACUGCCGACAUUCCAAAAAUGUACCGGCAGGUCAAGCUGCACCAAGACGACUGCAAGUAUCAACGGAUUUUGUGGUUGGAUGACGACAGACAGCUGAAGGUCUACGAGUUGCAGACGGUGACCUACGGCCUCGCCAGCUCACCUCACCACGCAACAAGGGCAUUGGUUCAACUGGCCACGGAUGAAGGCAAGGAUCUACCGCUCGCGGCGCGAGUGGUCAAGCGGGACAGCUACGUCGAUGACUUCCUGACCGGUGGUUCGUCCGUCGCCGAAGUUGUCCAAAUCUACAAAGAACUGACGGAGCUGCUGCGCCGAGGAGGGUUCGGCGUCCACAAGUUCUGCUCGAACAGCACCGAGGUGCUACGAGCGAUUCCAUCUGAGCUGCACGAGAAACAGGUUGAUUUCGGGGAGUCCGAUGUCAACAACACAAUUAAAACUCUCGGACUCAUUUGGAACCCGCUCGAGGACUACUUUGUCUUUCGAGUGCCCCGACCCAUCAACGAGGAAUGGACAAAACGAAUCGUGCUGUCGGAGAUCUCCAGCCUGUUCGACCCUGCGGCUUCCUUGGGCCGAUAA